AUGCGACUUUCUUUAGUUGACGACCAAAUGAAUUCCAAUGAAAAGUGGAUUGAAAAUAGAAUAAUUGAAGGGAGAAUUAAUGUGCAUAAGAUGGAUGAAUUCGAAGAUUAUAAAUUUAUCAAUGGUGGUGCUUUUAGUAAAGUUUAUAGAGCAAGAUUUAAAAGUACGAAGAAUCUAUGUGCAUUGAAGAUUAUUGAAGAAAAUGACCAUACUAAUAAAGAAAUUCUAAAUGAGCAUCCUAAUAAUAUACUUAUUCACCAAGAAACUUUAAAAUUAGCUGACUUUGGAUUAUCACGACAAGAGCCAAUUGCCGAUACGCCUCGUGAAUACGUUACUAUUUAUGAAUGGUGUUGGAAGAGUGAUCAAGUUGAUCGACCAUCUAUCGAAGAGGUAGUUACGGAAUUGGAAAGCAUUCGACCAUCUAUCAAAGAAGCAACUAGGGUAUUUGAAGACAAUAUAGUUCAAGACGUCAUAGCCAAUUGCAGCUUUAAUAUUUGUGAUAUAUCAGAAAGUGAAGAAUAUAUUGAGAACGCUAAUAACAAAUUUGAUCAGGUUGACAUGGCACUCUUUGUAAAUAAUCUAUAUUCUACUUUAGAUAAACAAUUUAACGAAGGUAGAUCAGUUAGUGAUAUAAUUAUCAAUUUCAUAUCUAAAAGUGGUAAAACAAAUGAAGAAGUAUUUCAAUGGUUGUCGGGACAUAGCAAUUGUCCAAAGUAUUACUGCCUACUUGGAUUAUUUUAUCAUUGGAACAUUGGCACAGACAAAAAAGUAGCAUCAUUUCAUUUAUUCUUUAUUGCAGCAGGAGAAGAUAGUAUUGCUCAAUAUUUUGUUGGAAAAUGUUACGCAGAAGGUCGGAACACCAAUAAGAAUUUGAAGAAUGCACUUGAUUGGUACAAUAAGGCAGCCGAAAAUAAAUGUGCAGCAGCGGGAUGUUUUCUUGGAGAGUAUUUUUAUAAACUUGGAAGAUAUACCAAAGCAUUCGAUUUCCUCAAAAAAGCAGUCGAGAAUGGAAGUUUAAAGGCAUUGAAUACCUUAGGAUUAUGUUACCAAAAAGGCCAAGGAACAGGUGCCAAUGUUGUUGAAGGAUUUAAAUCAUUUGAAAAAGCGGCUAAAAAUGGACUACCUGCCUCACAAUUUGAACUAGGAAAUUGUUACGAAUACGGUAUAGGAACAGAAACAAAUUUGAAAAAAGCAUUACAUUGGUACAAAGAAGCUACAAAAGUAGAUUAUAACUACAAAACUCACCUAACACGAGUCGAAAGUAAAAUCCAUAAUAAUAAGUAA